AUGCGUUCUCUCUGUAAGAAAUUGGAAGACUUGAAGCGCAAAGAAAAUGACCUUGCCAUGCAAGGUUGGUGUCUUGAAAUGUAUGCGAAGCAAUUGGAAGAAUAUUGCCUUCCCAACGAUCCCUCAUUGACUAUGGAUGCAAGUGAAUUGGUAUCCAAUCAGGAGGUAUUGAAAUCAGUGAGGAAUGAAAUUCAGAUUCUCAAAAACUCAAUUACCAAUUCAGAAACUGAGCUAAAGAUGCGGUCGGCUGAGUUUUUGGGUGUUGAUUCUGCUCAGAGAUUGUACUGGAUUAUGGAAUUGGUUGAACGUCCUCAGAUAAUUGUCGCUGAAGGGAAUUCUCAGGAUUACCAACCAAGAUGCUCGUGGAAGAAUUCUGUAUCGAUUGGCAACAAAGAUCUAUCUAGUGCUGGAGGUUCAGAAGCUAGAUGUCCUAUGUAUGAAGAUAGGUAUAGAAAUGCUGCUCUCGCCUCUUGGUUGAAGGAGUCUAUUUCGCAAUGUCACAGGCUACAAUUUCGAGACCCUCAUAAAUCAGAGAGCCAAAAUGAAAAUGAACUUCAAUUGCCAUUUUUGAAGCCAAGUGAUAAUUUUUCAAAUUCAGAUUGUCUAAUUACAAAAGCCUUCAAACUAUUGGUGUCAAAAUAUGGCGCUUUUCAGAAGACGGAGAUGAUUGACUCUCUGAAGAAUCGAGGUAAGAUGGAGAAAGUAGUUGUUGAAUGCAAAAUGUACAGAUGUACAUGCUUAGAGCCUAUCCCACCAACUGCUGACCAUUGUCUUAUCUGCCAUAAGACCUCCUUCAACAAGAUAGAACUUAAAGAGCAUAAUCAAAAAUGUGUUGUGCCGGCAUCUUCAUCGAAGCCAGCGGUUUGUAAAGCGUCUCAUGUUCUAAAGCAACUUAAAAUCAAUCUACUGGAUAUGUAUGCUGCUCUCCCUGAAGAAGCUCUUAGAUCAUCAAAAGCAUGCUUUGACAGGAGAUGUUCCUGGCGUGCUGUUGGGAGGAGAUCAACCGAUUAG